AUGCUUCCUCAGCGAAUGAAGAAAGCUGUUACUGAUAACCCUAAAAAGCUCGCAAACUUGAUCGAUCUCGUUAACCUUCCUCUCACUCUCAGAGACUUCGUCGGUCAAUCUCAGACUUCUCGAUUAACCUGUUUCAUGCGUGUUUGGUCCUACGUCAAAACCAACAAUCUUCAGGAUCCAAAUAACAAGAACAUGGUAAACUGUGAUGAGAAGUUAAAAGGUAUUUUACUCGGGAAACCUCGGGUUGAGUUAGCAGAACUUCCAGCACUUAUCAAGCUACAUUUUCUGAAAGAGCCCAAGUGA